AUGGGAAUCUGUCUCAGUCACAAGCAGGUACUGUUAGUAUCAGUAGUUACUUCCAGAAAAAAAUCACUCAGCCAGCAGCAAGAACUGUGUGUGGAGGAAAAAGAUGAAGUAGAGAGGGAUGGUACAGAUUCUGGUAGUCUGGACAGUGUUAUCAAUGAUGAACUGGAUGAGUUCAAAGAUGAUGAAUCAAUAGCUAUUGAGAAUGAGAUGAAUGAUUUACGAUAUGAUGUAGUCAAGCGCAUGUCUGAAUCUGUGUUUGUGGGAUUGUGUCAAAUAAUAGUAACCUCACAACUAGUGUCCUUGAGGAGAGAUCUAAUUGACAUUGGAGAGAUUUUGAAUAGUCAAGGGAAUCAUCAUAAUGACACAGUUACCAUGUGGAGUGGAAGUACCCGAGAAGGAUUCAGAUUCAAGGAGUCAGAUAUAGACAUAAUGUUUUGGCCUAAAGAUGUUACAGUGAUCUGGAACAUUUGUCCCACUCAAUUUCAAGAUACAACUGGAAAAACGUUGAUUCUUGCUGAUUGUUCUGAAUGUCUACCAGGAUUCUGUCUACUUGAGCUACUAAGAACAACAAAGAACACAGACAUUUCUGAGGCCAAGGUCAGGUUGAAUGAUAUAAAUCGUACACUUGAGAUUGUAACAACGGCAAUGAACGGAGACUUUUCCGAUGCCUGUGAAAGGGAGAAAAAUAGAACUUCUAUACUUAAGCUACUAUCAACAACAGAGAACACAGCCUGUGACAGGGAGAAUGAUAGAUUUUAUAUCUCUAGUUCCCGACACAGAGAGCUCAAGUGUUUAGUAAACCCUGAUAUUUCUACUCUCAGUGGACCCUGUGGAAGUGGAAAAUCACAUGGCAUAGACUUUGAUAUUGCUUACUCUCUUGCCUCUGACUUUUGGCCUCCCUCUGCUUCCUCCUGGAAAGAUAGAUGUCAAUCAUGGCCUCCAUCUUGUGUUAUUAACGAUAUAUUAAGAAAUGGAUGCCAGUUGGUACCAAUUGGACAUCCAUACGGACGCUAUAAAGAUGAAGAAUGGCGAAUUUCUUUUUCUCUGGCAGAACAAAAACUUGUAUACUCAAUGAACCACUGUCAGUACUUGACUUAUGGAUUGUUAAAGGUGUUCUUGAAAGAGGUCAUAAAUCACCAAAUAGGGGAUACUAACAAAUUACUUUGUUCCUAUCAUAUGAAAACAACAAUUUUUUGGGUGAUUCAACAAAACAUGAUACAUCACUGGUGCCCACAGAAUCUUUUAGAGUGUUUUUGGGUCUGUUUCAAAGUAAUCCUUCGAUGGGUAUAUGAAGGGGUAUGUCCGAACUUUUUCAUUCCCCAAAACAACAUGUUUCUAGUGAAGAUACAUGGGUCAGCCCAAGAAAGAUUAUUUUUACAACUAUACACAUUAUACACAGAAGGACUGGCAUGCCUGAUGCAGAGUCCUUCCUUGAAGUCAUACAUUAAUGAUGUUCUGUCCAAUCCCAAGCUUCCUAUUUGUACAAAUGAAAACAAAAUUACAGCUAAACUAUUCAACGAAUUUAUAAAGAAAUUCUGGGAAAAUGCAGACCUUAAACACUGUUUGAAAUGUCUACAGAAAAUAGAAGAGCUGGUAGGUUUACCACUUACUCCAUUUAAAAUUAUCAUGUUAAAAAAUAUUACAACCUAUGUAUUACAAUCAACUGCAUUUGUAUUACACAACAAGUACAAAGAUACUGGUGUAAAUAAACUGAUUUAUGUUGCCGACAAAAUAUCACGUUAUAUGCUUAAUUUAGCAUCCAAGUUGGGGUGUAUUUCUGACAUGUUGUACAUGGCCCUGUAUUAUCACAAGACACUUAGAUACCAGAAAGCUUUAACUGUGAUAGACAUGACAAAGGUGAAGUUAGCACAACCAUAUGUGAUGUAUGGUUUAAAUGUAGACACAGAGAGUUAUACUGAGGCUGUAGGUGGACAGUCAUUGUCUAAAAAGAUGAGAAAUGCUGUGGCUCAGAACAUUUUACUUCUCUCAAAUACGUUUUAUAUGAGAGAGUUAUCGUUGGAACAGCUGUGUAAUGAUCGGAAUCGGCACUACAUGUUUAAGGAUAUACUGGUCAUCCCACCUUUUGUAUUCUUACACAUGCUAGAUAUUCUGUGCAGUAGAAAGACUGACACAACAAGAGCACAAACAGCUCUACAUGACCUACAGUGUCUAAUUGAGCAUCAGGAAGGGGUACAUGUACCUUUGCUUUACAGAGACAUAUCAUGGCAGAUCCUGGGAUUUUGUCAGCAGAUUUCUGGAAAUCUUGAUGCUGCUUUAGACGCUUACCAACAAUCACUCGACAGCCAAGAUCAGCACCACCUUAUACAAAGAGUUACAUUGAUCAGAAUGCUUGGGAUCUUGGACCCCCAAAAGUCAUUGUCAGUGUCGAUCAGUCCAGGAAAACAAAACAUACCGGAAUAUACUCCAAUUCACAAAGUAGAAUUUUAA